AUGGAGUCCUUCCACGUCUUUGACACGCACGCAGCAGAUUCCGAGGCCCUCGCCAGCUUCAUUCACGAUCUUGACAGCGGCACUGUGGUACUCAUGGGUGUGAAGGAUGAAGCUUCCAGCAACAUGAGUGCUGCUGCCAAAGAUGCUAUCAAAACAUGCGGCGCAAAUUUGAUUGACAGUCUGUCGUAUCGUGGAUCGUAUGCGCUUGUUGGCGUGAAGGAUGGAGCCGCAUUGGCUGAGCAGGCCUUUGCAGAUGGUGGUCCAUUUGCCAUUGCCACAGCGCUCUACAGUCAGACAAUCAGUCACAACGUGACGGUUACAAGUACCUCCAGGAGCAACGGGAACCUUGUGCAGUUCGAAGUGGACGGCCACGUGCUGAAUGUUGCAACCGGUCGUGGCAUGAACAUUGCAGUGGUUCGGCCUGGAGGUUUCUUGGACUCCUUCAACGUCUUUGACACCCACGCUGCAGGAUCAGAGGCGCUUGUUUCUUUCAUUGCCAGUCUCGGCAGUGGCUCACUGGUUCUUGCUGGAGUGCGUGAUGAGGCUUCCAGCAACAUGUCUGCUGCAGCCAAAGAUGCGAUGAGGAUGUGUGGAUCCACCCUGAUUGACAGCCUGUCCUAUCGCGGCUCGUAUGCCUUAGUUGGAAUCAAAGAUGGUCCUGCCCUGGCAGAGCAGGCGUUCGUGGAUGGCGGACCGAUUGCGGUGGCAACAGCAAUUUACAGCGCUGAAAGCCUGCCAGCAAUCACCACAAGCCCCACAACCACGACGACAACCACCACAACAACAACUCGUGCCACCCCAUUUUGCUCCAUGCUUACCUGCCCUGCGGGGUUGGUGCUGAAGCGUGGCAGUAUGUGGAGCAUGCGCAGCAUCAAUGAGACUGACUGCUGCGCAGCAGCGGCAAAAGGCAUGGCAGACGUUGGUGUGCGAAGUGCUGGCUUUGCAGAUGGAAACGAAGCAAUCUUCUUCGCUAACGGCGUCAACUUUUAUUCUGGGCCGAGUCGCGGCAUGACUGUUGUCACAGUGCGGCCUGAUGGAACCCGCAAAGAUUCUGCGACCUUCGACACGAUGAGGGACGGGUCCGAUGCAUUGGCUGCUUACAUCGCUGGCAUCGAGGAUGGUACUAUGGUGCUGAUUGGGGCACGUGAUGAGGCUUCGAUCAACCUUACUGCCACGGCCAAAGCAGCGAUCAAGACUUGUGGUGCAACCAUGAUUGACAGUCUUUCAUUCAGAGCUUCUUAUGCGUUGGUGGGUAUGAAAGGCGGACAGGCCCUGGCUGAAGACCUGAAGAAGACAACAGAAGGUUAUGCUGUGGCUGUGGGCCAAAUGGAGGUAGUCAUUUCUGUCGAUGCCAACAAACCUGUUUGCGAUGCCAGUGUGCCAGUCCCUCCAGUGUCAGGUUACGUGUCUCAGGGCAACCUGAACCUGGAUGCAGGAUGCCGCUACAACCUGUAUGAGAAAGCUCAAGCAACGCAAUGCCUGCAAGGAAGCUGGAUUGUGAUGACUGGCUCCUCAAACACCUUGCUUGAGUUUGGGAACCUUAUCAAUUUUCUGGCUCCUGAUGAGUACCACAUCCAGCGGGACGGCGAGAUGAUUGGUGCUUCUGCCGUUGCAGAUGUUGUGAUCGAGAAUGGAAAGGUCACCCACUGGGCAGUCGUCAGCAACCAGCUGCCUGAAUGCAGGCAGGUUGACAUCACUCUGGCGAAUCAAAAUCGAGCCGCCUGCAAGACAGCAAUCGAAAAUUUGCUGGUUCAAGCACCUGCAUACAGUCCCGGAUCGAUUCGCAUAACUAUGUUCAUCUCCUUCUUCUGGUACCGGACAUCUCUUGCAUUGGAAGUGGUUGGUGAGGAUACCUUGUGGAGCACUGCCCAGGUCGCUGUGGUGACACAGGUGGGAGCCUGGUACAACGUUUGCAGCGUCACCAAGGAGGACUACUGUCCUAGGCAGGAGCUCCUGGACAUGGACAGAGAUCCAGCAAUCCAAGUCUUCAAGGAUGAGAUGGAGGAGGUUUUCGUUCUGAUGGACAGCUUCUGCACAGGUGGUGGGCGAGCUGCCGUACUUGGCUGCAAUGUACAGACGAUCUCAUGGACCAACGGUGUGCGGGACAAUGAGAACUUCCAGGUCAUGAAUGCUUACAUCGAACAAGCCAUGGCCAGUCGGCAGUCCUCAUCCUUCCGUUUGAUUGACUUCUUCAGACUUGGCGGUGCCAUGCCAGAAGAGGUGGUCAAUGGCCAUGGAUCCCAGAUGUUGAACCUUUGGGUCUGGACCGUUAUGCUCAACUCAAUGUGCCCUGCAGAUCUCGCAGCGCGUGGCAGCUACGCCGUGUGGGAAGGAAACCUUUGCUCCGGAACAGAGGCACGCUUUGAGAACUGCCCAGACUAUUACCCGAGCUGCUUGGACGGGCCGCGCUGUGAGAAAUGGGAAUGCAUGAACAGCGUCCCUUGCACUUUGACUGCCGGAGAUCCUCCGAUGGCAGGGGACACGGAAGGCCUCUGCUCCGACCCCGUGAACAUCACUGGCUUUCUGACCGCUCCAAUUCUCAUGGACGAACUUACAGACUUGGAUGCUUGUCACAGAGGAAGUCUUCGGAUCCGUUUGUGGUGUUGGCAGGACGUCGAAUGGUUGUUACCACUGCUCAGCGUCUGUGCAGCGAUAGUUGCUGAAGCAGCCCAGUAUGCUUGGGAGAAAUACGGGUCAAAAAAGACUGAAAGCGCUGGCAAGGGGUCCAAGAAGCCAGAAAGUGCGGAAGCGAAGGGCGAUUCUCUGCCUGCGGCGGCAGCGGCGGUGGCUGAUGCCUCGGCUGUUGCUGUGAAAGUUCACGAUGAGCCUAGUGCCAUGCCAGAGGUGCAAGGAGAGAGCCAGACAGACGGAGCUGAGAAUCCAAAGUCAAGAGCCGCCACUGGUGAGCUGGCUGAUUUGACUGACAUUGCCGCCGUACCCUCUGCACCGUCACCAAAGAAAUCGAAAAGCCACUACUCCCUUGCAGCAUCUGCUGCUGCCUCAGACGCCCAUGGUGAGCUGACGGACGUGGUGUCUGCCGCCCCCUCCAAAAAGAAGACAAAGAGCCACGUGGAGCUGGACGUCAAGUCGGAAGCUGCGCUGGAGAACAAAGGGAAGAGUGAGGAGAAGGGAGAAAAGAAUGAAGAGGAAGUUCCAGUCAAGAUGCAUCUGCCUCCUGCAGAGCCUGCAGAGGCUCAAAAGGUAGAGACUUCUGCAGACAGGUUGGCGCAGCUUAUGCAGACACGAAAAGCUGGCAACAAGUACCCGCUUGGCCUUGCAAGAUUUAUGGGUUCAACUCACGUUGUCCUGGGUCACCUCUUCGCAAAGGGAGUGACGCACCCUGUUUACUUCUUUGGAUGGGGCUUUACAUGGGUGCCUUGGUUCUUCAUGCUCUCUGGCUUUGUGCUUUUCUCCGCCUAUCUGAAGAAUCCGAAGGAGGAGACAAUGAUUCAGUACGUUCUGCGCAGGAGCACUACGAUUUACCCAUUAUACGCCUUCUCCCUGAUUCCGGCCUUCAUCAUGCAGAAGAGCUUCGGAACCAUGUCUGCCGAGUGGCCAACCUUGCUUGCACAAUCUUUCUUGCUACAGGCAUGGUGGCCAACUUUCACAGAGAAUGCGCUGCAGAUGCAUUGUUGGUUCCUUAGUUGUAUGGUCGUCUAUUGGUUCUUCUUCAAACCGUUGGCCUACGUCCUGAAGAACAUUACUUUGCUGAAGACAAGCCUGUUGAUGGCUUUCUUCUUCUUUCUGCCUUGGCUUCUGGUCUUGAUUCCGGUGAUGGCCAACCAGCCCGUUGAUUGGUACAAGGAGCAUGUCUUCAACCGCACCGACACUGCCCUGAACAUUGGUGUUGUGAUGCUGAAGUUCCAUCCAGUUUGCUACUUCCACGUCUUCAUUUUGGGCAUGUUGUUGGCCAAGCUCAGACAGCUUCUUGACAAAAAGGCCGUGGCUUGUGGUCAUGCUGCAGACUCCUUUCGAAAUCCAUACCUCAUUGCACUGCAAUUUGUGGCACCGCUCGGCUAUUUGUUCUUGAUCCUGGUCUUCAGUGUCGAGGGCUUUGAGGCUAAGCUCUGGGGCUACAAGCUCUCUGCCAGAAUCUCCGUGCUUCUGCCCUUUCAAGCCAUGAUAUUAUUUGGGUUGGCGGGGUUGCCGAGCCUUCCACUGCCACUCUUCUCCUACGCCUUCUCGAAAUUGGACUUCCUUGAGAACUAUUCAUAUGCCGUGUACGUCUUCCAGUUCCUGUGCUAUGCGGUGUGGCCGCAAACUGGUCUUGUAAACAUGCCGCUCUUCAUGAUCUUCACCUAUGCAUCGGCAGUCGUCAUUGCACGAGGCAUUCAACAGCCCAUCCAGAAAUGGUGGGCAUCUCAUACCACCUCGCGACUGUUCGUGCCAUUCAUUCUUGCUGCCUGUCUCGUUGGCUUCAGUUUCCUUCCAGAUCCAGCGGCUGAUUCAAGCAUGCCAGACAUCCCAGCUCAGCAAUGGAUUGACGAUCGUACCAAAGACAUGCGCCUGGAGUUAUCUGACGCAGAAGGCCAGCACCUGGGAGCUAUGGUUAUCAACCCGUCGUUGGUUAUUGCUGAUGAUCAGGUCAUUGUUGUUGCAAGGCGGCACAGGAGAGAGACCACGCAGAGCAAUGGUCGCUUCAGUGGUCCAGAAGGAGAGGGAGAUGCGGUUUUCAUCAACCAGAUUUGGCACUCGGAUGUGCUCAUUGGCAGCCGUCCUUUGGAUGCCGCGCUGUGGGAGCAAUGGCCUUCCCAAGGCCUCAGCCCUUUGGCCGGCCUGCCCGUGCAGAUUUGGAGCGGCCUCCGAACUUCUGAAGGUGGCAGGUGGGAGGACUUAUGCAUUGGUGAGACGUGGAUUGCCAGCAACAACACGUUGAUUCGCCAUAUCGUCACUGGUCCUGAGGAUCCGAAGGUUGUGAGUCGCGCCGAUAAAUUGACGCUGGCCUUUGAUUCGAAGCCUCCCCAUGGUGGUGAUACUUCCAUUUGUCGUAAAAACAAUCAAGGUUUUGCAGAUGCUGUGACUCAGAUGUACCUGUCCGAAGGAGUCAAUCAUGCAGAGCUCGGAACUCCCACGGCUGCUUUCCGGCUGACAUAUGGACAAACGGAUGUUGCGGAGAAGAACUGGAUCCCAUUCGUGUACCAAGAUUCCACGUAUUUCAUAUAUACUCCACUCCCGCACGUUGUGCUCUCAUCAGAAAGCAAUGGCGAGAGUGAGAAGGUCUUCAGCACAACUUUCCGGCCGCUGCAGCGUGUUAUCCAAGAAAAUCCUCACGUCAGGAUCCGAGGUUCAGCGCAAGCAGUGUUCGUGAACAACACGAAGGCAACGCCCAGCCUUGCACGGCCACACUACCUGGCCUUGUUGCACAUUUUCGACACCUCUACUGGAAGAUAUGCCCACCAUGCGUACCGCUUUGGUGCUGAGCCGCCCUUCAUGAUGCUCCAGGUCUCGUCUCAGCUGCCCUUGACAGAGGCGGCAGCCACUCCAGGUGGUGUGCCUUUUGCCUUUGCAAGUGGCCUUGCAGUGCACAAGAACACCGUUGCCAUCACCUACGGCGCAGGAGACCGUGACGCCAGAGCAUUGGUAUUGACUUUAGACAGGCUUGACGAGAUGUUUGCGUGCUCUGCCUAUGCUGAUGAUGCCUGA